CAUCCAAGGUGCAAAAAAAGUGCAGUAAUGAAUCUAUUAGUCACCUGAUUUCUUCUUCAAUCAGAUAUAUAAACUGGAGCCCACAACUAAUCCAAUCAGUCAUAACGAAAUCUACAAAGAAAAUAACAUUUAUUAAUAAAGCAUAGUAACAAAAGUAAAAAAAAACAAGAUGAAAGUUGUUGCUAUACUGUGUCUUUUGACAUUUGUGAUAGCAGUUAACGCUGUCCCUGCUGGACCAUGGGAUUGGCCACCUAAUCCAUGGGAUUGGAAAUGUAGACCGCCUGGCUUUAUUUGUAAUGGUCCGGACCAGUGUUGCAAGCCAUUUAUAUGUAAUCCAUGGGCUGGACGUUGUACUAAAAUCAAAACAACAUCAACAACAACAACAACUGAGGCAGCGCCAGACAGUUCUGAAUCAAAUGGUGGAACAUCGUCUGAAGGAUCACAAGAAACGCCUAAUAAUUCAGGUGAAAAUCCCAGUUCAGGUGAGGGAUCAAAUUCAGGUGGAGAUGGUUCAAAUUCAAGCUCCGAAGGCAAUGGCAAUGGAGGUGGUGCAAAUUCUGGAGAAGGAUCCAAUUCAAGCUCCGAAGGCAAUGGCAAUGGAGGAGGUGCAAAUUCUGGAGAAGGAUCCAAUUCAAGUUCCGAAGGCGCCGGAAAUGGAGAAGGUUCAAAUUCUGGAGAAGGAUCCAAUUCAAGUUCUGAAGGCGCUGGAAAUGGAGGGGGUUCUAAUUCUGGAGAAGUUUCUAAUUCCGGUGAAGGAUCUAAUACGAGUGGAGGUGACAAUUCCGGAGAAGGAUCUAAUUCGAGUGGGGGUGCAAAUUCCAGUGAACAACAACCGGAACCUGAGCCAGAACCAGAGCCGGAACCCGAGCCAGAACCUGAACCAGAGCCCGAACCAGAGCCAGAACCCGAACCAGAACCUGAGCCAGAACCGGAACCCGAGCCAGAACCAGAACCCGAACCAGAGCCCGAACCAGAACCUGAGCCAGAACCGGAACCCGAGCCAGAACCAGAACCUGAGCCCGAACCAGAGCCAGAACCGGAACCCGAGCCAGAACCAGAGCCCGAACCCGAGCCAGAACCUGAGCCCGAACCAGAGCCUGAACCAGAACCUGAGCCCGAACCUGAACCAGAACCAGAGCCAGAAGAACCCAGUGAAGGAUCUGAAACUCAAUAAAUUCCAUUAUUAAUAAAAGUGUGACUGAAUGUGGAAAUUAAAUUAUUCCAAUCAAAGACGACUGCGAUAAAUAGAAAAAAAUAUUUAAUUUAGAUAUUUUCAAUUAAAGGUAGAACAACAGAUUCAUUAUUUACAUGUUUAUCUUUUUUUUUUUGCCAAAAUUUUAGAUUAAUUUUAAUUUAUAUUUUUUACUACCAAUUUUAAUUAUUUAAAUUUAAUUAUCCAAGUUGUUCUACUUUUCAAUUUUUUCUUAUAGCAAUUUAGAUUAAUAUUUUUAUUCUCAUCUAGAGGUGGCAGAACAGUUUUAUUUUUCAAAAAAGCCUUCGGGUUGAGACAAAAAAAAAAAAUUUAUAUAUAUCAAAAAUAUUAUUGAAAUGAAAGUGUUCAAUUUCACUAUGCCCCUAAGCCUUUUUAAAUGUAAGAAUGAAUAUUUAUUUUCUCUUUGACUUCGCUAGCUCUGCUACAACUGGUUCUCAUUAUUUUAUUGUCUUUUAUUUAAGCUUUAGAAAAAUAAUUUUCGUCUCACGCAUAAUUUCACCGAUAUGUAUUAUUAAAUUUCAAAGCGCUUUUCAAAAAAAAAAAAAAAAAGUUUUGUGUCGAAUUAAUCUAUAUAUAUGUAUUAGAAAAAAAAUUAUAUUAAUAAAAAAUAUUCUUGUUAUUUUCAAUUAAA